AUCCACAGCAGCAGCUGCAAUUAAGGAAGAUGUCACUAUCACUCCAGGUUCAGAAGUGGGGGAGGGAAUGACCAGAGCAUCUCUCAGAGUUCAGUCACUUUCAAAGUCAGCUGAAGGAAGAGGAUCUUUAGAGAGAAGCUCCUUCAGCUAUCUCUGGCAUUUCAAAGACUGAGUGGCUAGAAGUCUCAAGAGGAUGAUGGCAGGAAUGAAAAUUCAGCUGGUGUGCAUGCUUCUCCUGGCUUUUAGCUCCUGGAGUCUGUGCUCAGAUUCAGAAGAGGAAAUGAAAGCAUUAGAAGCAGAUUUAUUGACCAAUAUGCAUACAUCAAAGGCAAGUAAAGCAAGUGGUCUCUCCUGGAAAAUGACCCUGCUAAAUGUUUGCAGUCUCAUAAAUAGUCUGAACACCCAAGCUGAGGAAACAGGAGAGUUUCGUGAAGAAGAACUCAGUACAAGAAGGAAAUUUCCUGUUGCCUUAGAUGACUUUAGCUUGGAAGCAAUGUUGACAAUAUACCAGGUCCAAAAAAUCUGUAACAGCAGAGCAUUUCAACGCUGGGAGGCCACCCAGGAAGAUCUUCUUGAUGCUGGAAAUGAUAAAAAUCAAAAGGAAGAAGUUAUUAAGAGGAAAAUUCCUUACAUUUUAAAACGUCAGCUAUAUGAGAGUAAGCCCAGAAGGCCCUAUAUACUUAAAAGAGGUUCUUACUACUACUGAGAAGAUAUAUGUGAUUCAGAAUACUUUAAUUAUGCUUCAAAUUAUGUUUGUUUGAAAAUGUGACAGAACAAUUAUUUUGUCUCUUCUACAGCUGUGGUUUAUUGCUUAAUUUUUUUUCUGUGUGAAUAUAAAUUGAGCUAAAUGUUUUAAAAUAAAUAGAUUUUGAGCAUGAUGUGUUGUGUACAUUUGAGUAGAUAUUAAGUCAUAGUGAGAAUGUUUUACAAUUUUGAAGAGUUAAUGGGCUGUAUAGACUAUAAAAAUUCUGAUGAUUUAAACCAA